CGCGAUCAUUAUACAUACCACUUCCUGGGAUGCCUUGUCCCAUUUACAACCUGUUCACGACAGGCCAAAAGGUGCUCAUUAACAGCAGCCGCGGCUCGUACAAAGUCACAAAAGCACUGAAGUGAAAUGUCUUUCAAGCUUUAACAAGUAAUCAUCAAAACAGAAAGUGCCGAUCCAAUCAUAUACCAAACUGAGGCCAACUGCUAUGGCUACUGCUGUAUUACCAGCUCCCCAUAUAUGCAAGCGAUGCACGAAGUUGUUGAUAAUGGCACAGACAGAUGCAUGGUGUUUGAGUGCUUGGAUACUGACCUGUGGUCAUUGAGGGCCACGGCACAGGAACUUGGCCAGCCUUUUCGAAAAAUCACUGCCAAGUCCAUCCUUGAAGCUGUAAAAGUCUUCUCAGACAUGGAUGGUCACUUUACUGCUGUGCACACAGAUAUGCAAACAACCACAAUCAGCAUGUGUUCAGUAAACUAAUAUCAAAAUGGAAGACAUCAACCCUAACAAUGUCCUUGUCUCCAAUGUGGACUCGCCAAAACCUACUGUGAAGCUUGCUGAUCUUAAAGCAGUAAUCACCUCUGAGGGCUUUGAUGACUUCCAAUUGCAGGGAGUUGAAAUUCAUGCCCCUGAGAUCUGGAAGGGAGUGUCGCCAACACCACCUUGCCAGGUGUGGUCAGUUGGAGUUACUCUAAUGCAUUUCUUCUCCAAUAAAAUUAUUUUUGGAAACUGGGACCAAGAUUCUCAUGCCCAAGAAUUUCCCCUUGACAUGAACAAAUCUGCCUGGGCCAUUGGCAAGAUUAUGAAACUUGUUGGACCAUUAGAACAAGAUGAGGAUCCCAAGUAGAAGUCAGAAUUUGACUUGGCAGAAUUCUUUGUGAAGCAGGAUCUCAUCAAAGUCAUAUCUCUUGAAGAAGAGUUUGCCAAAGUCAAUGUUCCCUCAGAUUGCGUUAGCUCUAUUCGUUACCUUUUGAAUAUCAACCACAAAACACGACCAACGGCAGAGCAAGCACUACAACAUCCAUGGCUUCAGGAUUUGGAGUGACUAUAGCGGACAAUAAGAGUGUCAGGACAAGGUAACUAAAAAGAAACCAAUUGACACAUACCGGAGCGCUAGAAGUCCACAAUGGAUUUUCCAGAAUGUCACGCCAAACCACUCUAGGAACUCGCAUUGGGGCCU